AUGAAGAUUAAAACACUGAUUGAGAAUAACCCACGCUAUACGACACGUAAAUUAGCAGAAAUGUUAAAUAUAUCAAAAUCCACCAUCCAUUUUGUGAAGCUUGGCUACAUAAACCGUUUUGAUGUAUGGGUUCCCCACGAUUUAACGAAGAAAAAUCUGAUGGAUCGCAUUUCCAUUUGCGACUCGCUCUAUAAACGCAACGAGGAGACACCAUUUUUGAAGCAAGUAGUGACGGGGGAUAAAAAAUGGAUCAUUUACAAUAACGUUGAGCGAAAAAGAUCUUGGGGAAAGCGGAAUGAACCACCUUUAGUCACCCCAAAAGCCGGUCUUCAUCCAAAGAAGGUCAUGCUCUGUGUCUGGUGGGAUUGGAAAGGGAUCCUGUAUUAUGAGCUUUUACCAAACAUCGAGACGAUAAAUUCAAAGAAGUUGUUCCCAAUUAGACAAAUUGAAGAAAACAGCAAUUGA